AUGAGCGCAUUCCGGCCUCGCAGAGCCCUCUGCAGAGAAUUCGAAUACAUCCAAAGGAAAGCAAUCUCUCAAGGACAUUCCUAUGAGGACGAGACAAUGGAUGAAUUGGCUGCGCUCCUUGAUUCUCACAAGACUCCACGUGUCUUCUUGACUGUCCUGCCUUGCAAUAGCGCAGGAACGCGAAAAUCAUAUCCUGGUAUGGAGCGGCUUAUCGUGAGAAUUCAAGUAAUGAAGGAGAUAGACCUGAUUCAAGAGAUCAUUCUUCAAGACGGACAAUACCAUUUCUCGAAGCUUUGGGGCCCUUUUCCAGUAACCAGCCUUUCGGAUCAGUUCUGGUUGAUGAUGGAAGGACCGGCGCAAGAAUCAGAGCAGGGACCGCAAGACAACAAUUUAGAACGGGAGGGGUCCAAAGAUGAGCGAUCUAAACAAGAUACACCGGAACGGGAAGAUUCAGAACGGGAAGGUACCGAACCUCCAGGCUCUAAGAAUGGGGAGUCGCAGCAGGGGGAACCGGAACAAGAGCCAGGAGAUGAACAGCCAGAAGUAGAAGACCCAGAAGAUGAACAACCAGAAGGAGAAGACCCAGAAGAUGAACGGCCAGAAGGAGAAGACCCAGAAGAUGAACGGCCAGAAGGAGAAGACCCAGAAGAUGAACGGCCAGAAGGAGAAGACCCAGAAGAUGAACAGCCAGAAGGAGAAGACCCAGAAGAUGGAGAAGACGAACAGGAAGAAGAAGAGGAGGAACCAGAGGAAUACGUGUCAGAAACGGAAAAGGAAUCGUCGGAAGAAGAGUCUGAAUUCCAAGAUUCGGACGGGGACUCGGAUCCUGAGGAGUAUAGAGCGCCGGUACUCAGGAAACCAGACGUAUGA